UCAGCAAAUCUGGCCCUGAAACGCCACAUUUCGGCACCAUGGGAGCCUUCGGUGACGUUUGGCAAGUGAUGAAGAUCUACUGGUCGCUGUUGUUGGGUAAUGUUUUGGAAUGGUACGAAUUCGCGGUCGAUGGUUUCUUGGCACCCUAUUUCCAGAGCAACUUCUUCGCGGGUUCCGCCAUCAGCACCUGGUUGGGCUUCGCAUCCACCUUCCUGGCGCGGCCCUUCGGGGGCAUUGUUUUGGGAGUGCUUGGAGACCUCUUUGGACGGAAGGUCUCUACAUUUCUGUCCAUCUUCGGAAUGUUGAUCGGAACUGUAGGACAAGGGCUGGUUCCAACCUCUCACAGUGGUCCAAUCGCAGGGACCAUUGGUGUAGUACUACUUGUUGCACUCCGCAUUUUGCAAGGCAUCUGUACUGGUGGAGAAAUAGCGGCCGUGUCCACCUACAUCACGGAAGUUGGGCCGAAACGAUCACUGGCCAGAUCCAUGGUUCUCAUCGGCAUCACCUGCAACGUGGGCUUCUUGCUGGCUCAGUUUGCAAGCUAUGCAGCGUUGAAGAUUCUAGGGGAAGAGACCAUGGUCAGUUGGGGCUGGCGGAUUCCUUUCUUUUUGGCGCUUCUUCCAGGGGUCAUUGCUGCAUCUGGUAGGAGAUGCAUACCGGAAAGCCGCAGUUUCCUGGAGGCGCAAGCGAAUACUGCGGAGACUCAGGCGGGAGCUCCUCGUUCUGCACUUCGAGACGCUGCCAGCAAGAUCAAGUCACUUUUCAGGUUUCACCGACCUGCGCUUUUAG